CUGAAAACUUCGUGUCAUGAGACAACAGUGGAACACAGACCUCCUGUAGGUCGAGUUGGCAACGUUUCGAGUUCAUCUGAGGAGGCAAAGAAACAAUCAUGAACUUGUCGGAGUCCGUGUGGCUCUUGGAGGAGCCGUGGAACCUGAGCAGAGCGGAGGAAGAGGAGCAGAAACUUCUAUUCGGGAUCGGCAUGGAUAAUUUUAUCACGCUGCUGGUUUUCGGGCUCAUCUUUACGCUCGGCGUGCUGGGCAACUCCAUGGUGAUCACCGUACUGGCCCGGAGCAAACCCGGGAAACCGCGCAGCACCACCAACAUCUUCAUCCUCAACCUGAGCAUAGCGGACCUCUCCUACCUGCUCUUCUGCAUCCCUUUCCAAUCCACCAUCUACAUGAUGCCGACGUGGGUUCUGGGCGCGUUCAUUUGCAAAUUCAUCCACUAUUUCUUCACUGUGUCCAUGCUCGUGAGCAUUUUCACCCUGUCUGCCAUGUCCGUGGAUCGAUACAUUGCCAUCGUGCACUCCAGAAAGUCGUCCUCAAUCCGGGUGGCGAGGCACGCUCUGAUCGGAGUGGUGGUGAUUUGGAUACUGUCUCUGGCCAUGGCUGCGCCUGUCAUGCACUACCAGAACAUUUUUCACAGAGGGGAGAAUCACACCUUUUGCUGGGAAGUGUGGCCAGAUCAAAACCAGAAGAAAAUCUAUGUGGUUUGCACGUUUGUUUUUGGUUAUGUGUUGCCUCUGCUGCUGAUUUCCUUUUGUUAUGCAAAGGUGUUAAAUCACCUGCACAAAAAACUAAGAAAUAUGUCCAAAAAGUCAGAGGCAUCAAAGAAAAAGACUGCUCAGACGGUGCUGGUGGUGGUGGUGGUGUUCUGCCUGUCUUGGCUCCCUCACCAUGUCGUUCACCUGUGGGUGGAGUUCGGGACCUUCCCUCUGAACCAGGCCUCCUUUGUGCUACGUGUGGCCGCCCACUGCCUGGCUUACAGCAACUCAUCCGUCAACCCGGUCAUCUACGCCUUCCUGUCGGAGAACUUCAGGAAAGCUUACAAGCAGGUGUUCAAAUGCCAGAUCGGCACCAGUGACUCCCCGCUCAAUGACAUCAAGGAGAUCCGCAGCAAAGCGGACACGCCGCCCUCGACUAACUGCACCAAUGUUUGA